AUGGACUUGGUCGUGGUGCACCUGCACAUCCCGUGCUUUCCAACUCCCCCCCCCCUCCCUCCCUCCUCCUCCCUCCCCUUCCCCGGCAGGUGGGUGUUCUGUCCGCUGUGGGUGUUUCACGUGUGUGUGGCGCGGCCGCCAGUGGACCUGGCCAUUGUGUUCCUGCCUCUCAUUCUGCUCGAGGGGCUCGUGCUCGUUGACAACUUCAGGAUGUGCAUGGCACUGAUGCCGGGGGAAGAUGACAACAUGACAGACGAGGCUCUGUGGGAGACAUUGCCGCACUUUGCAGUGGCGGUGUCAAUGAUAUUCUUCAUGGCAGCAACCGUGUUCUCCGUGCUCAAGCUCAACGAUGUGACGGAGGUGAUCGGCAUUGACUGGUGGACACUGCUGGUGGACCUCUGGUGA